UUUAAUGCCCAAACUGAAAGUUUCCAACAUAAUUUUCCUAGGAACUUUUCCAUGAGCUUUCUUGCUUUUUCAGCACAAUGGCUUCCAUUGUGUCUUCUAAUCCUCUUCAAUUCUGUUUCUGCAAUACCACACAAUAAUAUUCCGAGGCUAAGUGUACGCGGCCAAAAAUUCCUUAGAGACCCUUCUGUCACAGUUUCGGCGUCUGUUUGGAAGGACUUGAAAACCUAUUUUUACAACCAAACACUUGAUCACUUCAACUACAAUCCUCAAAGUUAUGCCAAAUUCAAGCAAAGAUAUUUAAUGAAUUCUAAGUAUUGGGGUGGUGCAAAUGCAAGUGCUCCAAUCUUUGUUUAUCUUGGUGCAGAGGAACCAAUAGAUGGUGAUAUUGAAGUCGUUGGGUUUCUCCCCGAAAACGCCCCUCGUUUCAAUGCUCUCAUGGUUUACAUAGAGCACCGGUUCUAUGGAAAGUCAAUUCCAUUUGAAACAAUGGAAGAAGCCAUGACCGCUCGAGGUUAUUUCAACUCGGCUCAAGCUAUAGCAGAUUAUGCAGAGGUGAUCUUGUACUUGAAGAAAAAAUUAUCUGCACACAACUCUCCAAUUAUCGUUAUUGGAGGAUCAUAUGGAGGAAUGCUUGCUGCAUGGUUUCGGCUGAAGUAUCCUCACAUUGCUCUGGGAGCUCUGGCUUCAUCCGCUCCUAUCCUUUACUUUGAUGACAUCACUCCCCAAGAUGGAUACUAUUCAAUUGUCACCAAGGAUUUCAAA